AUGAAGUUAGUCAGACUGGUACUGAUCGACUACGGAAAUAUAUAUUGUGUUGAUCAAACGAAAGCGAACAUUCUACUCCAAGAGCCUUGCUUUAAGAGUUACGAAUUGUUCAGCCAUGGAUCUGUGUUGGAGUGCCUGCGGUAUGAGAUCGACCCUCUUCCUUAUCUUGAUGCUCUGUGGAACUGUCGAUCAGAUGGAGGGGACCUUAUGAAAAUAGAUUCUCAGACAAAAAACGAUUUUUUCAAAGCAUUUAUAAGUAUACAUGGAGCUCCUAAUGCGGAUGUCUGGAUUCAGAGAAAGCUUCUGCCGAGUACAUGUACAUGGGUGUUUGAGGACAACACCACAAACUCGUACACCUCAUGGGGGACAGGAGGGCCAAAAUGUGAACCUGCACAGAACCGGAUGAGAGCCAAAGCAACUAGUGGUUAUAACUGGUACGAUCGAUACCAGGGUGAACUGUACACGUACUUGUGUGAAAUGGACCCGGCAGUCUAA